GUCGUACUCGCGCUUCAGCAGACGAUGCGAUGCGGCCACCUUCAACUCUAGUACCUCAACUAGCUGAGCUUCGUCCUUCUGAUACUCCUCGCUCUGUACGAGAAGGGCGAUCAACUGGCGCAGGUCAUUCCACUGCUGCUUCAAACUCUUGCUCAGAAAGUUGAGUACAGCGGUGCGCAGAAUAAACUGCCGUAUGACCGGCUGGGCAAUGUUGCGCCGGAACAUGUUGAAACACACGACGGAAAAGGUCGCCAGUCACCUCCUUUCCUAGUGCCUGAUCAGAUAUAAGCAAGGGUUUAUCUGAUAUUGACAGGAAAGAGCAUGUUAUAUAGAGAUUGGACACUUGGGUGGAAACAACUUCAGUUCCUUUAGCAGAACAACUGACAAACUAGAAACAUUCGAAAUGAAGCGCGUUCAUGUGGAUAACUACGCCCCCAAGUACUUUAGCGGCAAGUGGUCUUGGGAUUCGGAGAGGGACUGCCUCCACUUCGAGGCGCACAACGAUCUGGAGAACGCCAGGGAGCGGUUUAUUACCACCAAUGGCUACAAGUUCCUGCGCACCAUGGACCAGGAGGAAGAGCUCAUCUUUCGGCAGGAAUAUGUGCGAGCCAAGUCCAACAACAGUGACACGGUGGUGGUCCGGGAUAUUAGAGAUUUGGUGCUCUACCUGAUGCCGCACGAGUUUCUGACGUACAAGUUCGUUGAUUUCAUGCACACGCCGGAGGUUCAUUCCUUGAUCCACGCCCUGAUCAUAUACUUCGAGUACUAUUUGCGCAUGGUGGAGUUUGUGCUGAUCCGUCGCGACGAACUUUCCGGUCAGUUGGCCCAGGUGCAGAGCGCCCAGACCAACGAGAUGAAGCAGACCUUCUCCGUCUACUUGAGCCAGUACCGCAUGCUCGUGGCCCGCAACUACUGCCGCAUCAUCGGGGGCGAGGGCGACAUGGCCAGGUUUUACCACAUGAAACCGAUAUCCAACAUUUCAGCCACAAUCCACGACAAGUACUUCCACGAGCAGUUCCUGGCCGUGUCCAUCCAAAUCAUCUGGAUCUGCAUGCAUCGCCGGGCGUAUUUCGUCAUCGAAAUGGAGAUGAAUCGUCUGUUCCGCUCGGAGCACUUUGUAUCCGCCCAUCCCGAGUAUCUCAGCUUCACGGCUGCGGAGCGAAGUCUUCUCUACGGCAGGAACAGCAAGAACUACAACUAUCGCAUCCAGGAAUCGCCCCUGAUCCAGGAGCUGAAGCUGGUUUCGGAUGAGGAUCUACCCAUUCUGUGGAUAGGGGAGCGCAAGUACAGGGGCUCCGACAUCCGCAUUGCCGAGAUGGAGCUGGAGUACUUAGUGCCAGGGUCACAGCUGUCCUUGAUUGACGUAUCGCACGGCAUCCUUGGACAUCCGAAGAAGCUCUACAACACUCUUCUCAUUCUGGAUUGGCCCGCUGUGCGCUACUCGAACUUUUCCGAACAGUAUGACCCAUACCACAUCAUCAGGAGACCUCACCUGGUGGUGCCCAAGAUGGAUGAGCUCAAGAUGCGGAAGAUGUCGGAGAACUACGAGCACUUCUACCAGAUUAUUAAAAUUUUUGAGCCCUACACUCACCAGCAGGUCUGCAAGUGGGUGAAACGAGACAUCAACAUCCUGUUCUUCAAGUCCGGCGGUCUGCUCACGAAUGUGGUCUCGCGCUGCGAAAAGGAGCUGGCCGGCGAGUCCAAGGGUCCGAGGGUCGAUCUGAUCAUCUCUAACUACUUUAAAAUGAUGUCCAAGAUACGCAAGGAGGACAGAGAGGGGGAUAUAGACAGCAUCACAACGCACGGUGGAAGUAUGGCAUCGCGCUACAGCUUAAGGGCACCAAGAAAAACAUUUUAAUUUGAUAACUCCAUUUCGAAAAUUUAUAUCCAUCCAAUUGUACCAUUUCCAUGAACAAGUGAGAACAUAUUCAAGCAAAUCCAUAAAGCUUUCCAGGCCUCGCUUGUUUCACCAAUAAGUUGCUUAUAUUAUGUUAGUUUAAGAUUUAAGUUUUAAGUUCAUUGCUAACAUAAGUCCUUAUUUUAUUACAUAAGUUCAAAUGCCAGAUAAUUUGUAAAGAAUGUAGGUAUUCAAGUAAAAAGGUAAAAAGUUCUGACAAUCUCCCAAUCGAAAACAACGAAAGUUUCCGAAAUUUUAUUUCGAAAAUUAAUUAUAUGUUCGAGUGACAAGUACAAAAUAUACAAUUUUCUUAUAGAAAGAAACUACGUUCUUGUAUUUUUAGUGGUUUGUCGUAAAAGUUCGUUGAAAAUAAAAAAAAACAGAACAGAUAUUCUUUUUCUACGCCCACCAUAGACAUCCAAAUCUAGAUACUCCCAGAUUAGUCGACCAGGACUAAAAAAAAAAAUGAGUUCAUAAGAUCACAAGGUCAAUAUAUACAUUUAUAUAUGUAUAUGUAUGUCAUUAAGAACAUUUGAAUCCAAAAAAAAAAAUAUUUUCAAUAACAAAUUAAGGUGUCUUAAAUUCGCGGU